AUGCCGGAAGAAACUAAAGCUUAUUACGAAGGUCGUCUUCAAUCCCUUGAUGAAGAAUUGAACGGAGUCUUUAUGGAGCUCGAACAGUUAACCGAGGAUCUCGACAGUGUCAGACGCCGAAUCGACGACGAACCAACUCCUGCUCUGGAGCUCGAGAAGCAACGCUUGGAAGACGAGAUCGAGACUUUCGACAGCAAACUCGAUGAGGUCUACGACAAGAUCGCCGACGUGCGCAAGCAAUUCAACGAUUUUUUGAUGGGUCCGGAUGACGAAGAGACGGUAAGUGUUUCUCAAUCACACUAUCUGAACUCUACUGUUUCUGCAGACCGACGAAGAAUCGGAUGACGGCACUGAGUCCUCGUCGGCCUCUGAGGCCUCUUCUUCCAGCGACUCCUACUCUGACACGGACAACGAAGGCUUUUAA